AUGGCUUCCCGAUCACCAGUCUACACCACCCGCAAGGUCGGCGCCGCCCAUACCCUCGAGCACCGCAUCUACAUCGAGAAGGAUGGCGUCCUCGUUUCGCCUUUUCACGACAUCCCGCUCUACGCCAACGAGCAGCAGACCGUGUUGAACAUGGUCGUUGAGAUUCCGCGAUGGACCAAUGCCAAGCAGGAGAUCUCCAAAGACGACGAGCUCAACCCCAUCAAGCAAGACACCAAGAAGGGCAAGCUUCGAUUCGUCCGCAACUGCUUCCCACACAAGGGUUACCUCUGGAACUACGGUGCUUUCCCUCAGACCUGGGAGGACCCCAACGUCGUUCACCCGGAGACCAAGCAAGCUGGUGACAACGACCCGCUUGACGUCUGCGAGAUCGGCGAGCUCGUCGCCAAGCCUGGUGAAGUCAAGCAGGUCAAGGUUCUCGGUGUGAUGGCACUUCUUGACGAGGGCGAGACCGACUGGAAGGUCAUUGUCAUUGACGUCAACGACCCGCUUGCACCCCGCCUGAACGACAUUGAAGAUGUUGAGCGUCACCUCCCCGGUCUUCUCCGCGCGUCGAAUGAGUGGUUCCGCAUCUACAAGAUCCCUGACGGCAAGCCUGAGAACCAGUUUGCCUUCUCCGGCGAGUGCAAGAACAAGAAGUACGCCAUGGAGGUUGUGCGCGAGUGCGCCGAGUCAUGGGAGAAGCUCAUCACUGGCAAGACUGCCAGCGGUGGAAUCCAUUUGACCAACACCACCGUUCAGCACAGCCAAGACCGCGUCGACCCAUCCUCCCUCAAGGUCCCCGCCCAUGAGGAGAAGGCACCUGCGCCAAUUGACUCAAGCAUCGACAAGUGGUUCUACAUAUCUGGCGCCUCUGCCUAG